AUGUCCAACCCUGUGGCUUCGACCUACGGGGCUCCUCCCACAGCAAAUAGCGGAUCCACUGCCAAAUCAAUUCCACACCCGGAGCCGGUAUCGUCAAGUACACACCAUAUAGCAGGGAUUCUGGCGACGGUCUUCGGUCUAGAUGAGGUCCCCUCGGGCACCACCGACAUUGCGGUCCUCUGGCUGUUGCACCCUCGUCUGCAGACGCAGGCGUGCAUGGCGCCGUUUGCAGCGCACAUCAUCUCGGAGUGGAACAAGCACCAGGCCCAGGCCAGGCCACGGAGCGGGACGAUGAAGAAGAAGACGAAGGGCCUCAUCGCCGUGACGUUCGACCAGCGGAACCACGGCUCGCGCCUGGUGUCUGCGAUUGCCAACGAGGCCUGGCGGUCCGGGAACGAACAUCACGCGCUUGACAUGUUCAGCUGCUUCGCCGGCACGGCGGUCGACACGUCGCUCCUGCUGGACCACCUGCCAGGGUACAUCUUCGGCGGAGCCAGCGACCCGCGCCGGAUCGUGCAGAACCUCGUCUUGGGCGUCAGCCUCGGCGGCCACGCGGCGUGGCACGUCCUCAUGCACGACCCGCGCGUGUCUGCCGCCGUCAUCACCAUCGGCUGCCCGGAUUACACGCGCGUCAUGACCGACCGGGCGCGCCUGUCGCGGCGCAAGUCGUACACAUCCACCGACCCGCCGGGCCGGGACUUUCUGGGCUCGACAGACUUCCCGCCCAGCCUGGUCGAGGCGGUGAAAAAGUCCGACCCGGCGGGCCUGCUGUGGUCGCUGCCCGGGCUGAACUGGCGCCGGGACCAGGAGAAGCUGCACACGGAGCUGACCGAGGAGGAGCGCGCGAUCCUGCUCCCCGUCAUGACGCGCUGUUUCGGGAACAAACGCCUCCUGAACCUCUCGGGCGGCGCGGACAAAUUGGUCCCCUACGCGCACUCGAAGCCGUUCAUAGACUGGCUCAAAGCCGUCAGCGGCAAGGGAGGGUGGUUCGAGGGCAGCGGGUUCGUCAUCGAGGACAUCGUUUUCGAGGGCGUGGGGCAUGAUGUGCCCCCGAGCAUGGUGCCGCACAUGGUGAGAUUCGUGACGGAGACGCUGGAGGAUGAGGGCGUCGCCGUCAUGGAAAUGGGGGGAGGCGCAGGGAGGUUGGGCAGUAAAAUAUAA